AUGAGCGGCAGACGUGGUGGAGCCGUCGGACAGGCCUAUAGACGCACGGAGGAGAGAGUCAGCGUUGACCUCUUUAAAUUCUUUUCCUGCUUGCAGACCAUGGAAGAUGAACCCAAUGUACUGGUAUGCAAAGAUCGGUUGAUUAACUUGUUGAAUGAACAGCAACAACAACAGAGGGCCAAGGCAGCUAGUGAAGAGCACUUACGUGCUUACAAAGAACUCGCCGAGAAGGUGCAGGAACUCGAAAAACAGUUGGUUGCGAAACAAGGCGCCGAGAUGACCCCAACAACAUCGGGGAGCGGUAAUACCGCAGCAAAGCGAGCACGAGCAUCUUCCAGCUCGUCGACAACGAGCUCGGACAGUGACGUGGCAGUCGUGGAAGAAAAGAAAAAAGAAGCGGACGCCUUGAAGACUGCAGAGUCGGCAAAAAAGAAAAAGAAGGAAUGA